AGAAUUUGCCAAAGAGAGAGAGAAAGUAGAGAACCGUCAAGAAUUUUUAAAAUUACGGAGAGCGGCACAAUUAGAAAGAGAACUGAAUGAGGAAGUUAUACUAGCUGAAGAAAGAACAACUGAGGAGGAGAAACUGCAUAUAAUGGAGGCCAGAAGAAGAGCAGCAAGAAAGAAGAAACUGAAAAAUUUAGGUAGAAGUAAGAGUACCGAUACUGAAGAAGAACAAGAAGAUGAAGAUAUUGCUGAUGAUGGUUUUGGAAAGUCGUCGUAUCUGAAAACCAGGGUGAGAGGUCAAAGUGGAUGUGCAAGAUUUUGGAGAGCUGAAAAAAGAUUUAGGUUUUGUAUUCGACACGUAAUCAAGACACAAUGGUUUUAUUGGUCUGUUAUUAUACUGGUUCUUUUCAAUACCAUAUGCGUUGCAGUAGAGUACCAUGGACAACCACAGUGGCUUACUGAUUUUUUAUAUUAUGCGGAAUUUGUGUUCUUGGGUCUGUUCAUGGCAGAGAUGUUCAUAAAAAUGUAUGCUUUGGGUCCAAGGAUUUAUUUCGAAUCAGCCUUCAAUCGUUUCGACUGCGUAGUGAUAACGGGCUCAAUAUUUGAAGUCAUUUGGUCAGAAGUGAAAGGUGGUUCUUUCGGAAUAUCAGUGUUAAGAGCUUUGAGACUGCUAAGGAUAUUCAAAGUGACUAAAUACUGGUCUUCAUUGCGCAACCUUGUGAUAUCUCUGCUCAACUCAAUGAGAUCUAUAAUAUCGUUAUUAUUUCUUCUUUUUCUAUUCAUUCUUAUAUUCGCGCUACUCGGAAUGCAGCUUUUUGGAGGACAAUUCAAUUUCGAUGGAGGUACCCCCAACGCAAACUUCAACACCUUUCCUAUCGCGCUGCUAACAGUUUUCCAAAUUCUAACAGGCGAAGACUGGAAUGAAGUAAUGUACAAUGGCAUCAAUGCACUAGGAGGGCCCAACAACGGAAUGAUUUACUCUCUUUAUUUCAUAGUCCUUAUGUUAUUUGGAAACUACACAUUGCUCAAUGUAUUCUUGGCCAUUGCCGUCGACAACUUAGCUAAUGCCCAAGAACUAACAGCCGCUGAAGAGGAACAAGCGGAGGAGAAUAAAGAGAAACAAGCUUUAGAACUAGAGAAAGAAAUGGAGGCUUUGCAAAUGGAAGGUUCGAAUCUCAGAAACGAGAUCUGUUUACCAAGUCCAUCGAAAGGAAAGAAAAAGAAGGAAGAAAAAGUGGAGGAAGAAGAAAUCGUUGGCCCAAAACCAAUGCUGCCAUAUUCUAGUAUGUUCAUACUUUCUUCAACAAACCCGGUGAGAAGAGGUGCUCAUUGGGUGGUCAAUUUACGUUACUUCGAUUUUUUCAUUAUGGUUGUUAUUUGUCUCAGCUCUAUCGCCUUAGCAUGUGAGGAUCCAGUGGAUGAAAAUUCUUUUUGGAACGGAAUUUUGGAUCAGUUUGAUUAUGCUUUCACGAGUGUUUUCGCGGUGGAGAUGGCUCUGAAAAUUAUCGAUUUGGGGAUUAUUUUACAUCCCGGAUCUUAUCUCAGGGAAGUUUGGAAUAUCAUGGAUGCAGUAGUCGUGGUUUGCGCUCUGGUUUCCAUGGGUUUUGAUUUCGCGAAACGGCCGGCGGCUGCGAAUCUAUCUACCAUAAAGUCUUUGAGAGUGUUGAGAGUUCUUAGACCAUUAAAAACAAUUAAAAGAGUGCCGAAAUUGAAAGCAGUCUUUGACUGCUUGGUGAACUCCUUGAAAAAUGUGAUAAAUAUUUUAAUAGUGUACAUAUUAUUCCAAUUCAUAUUUGCUGUGAUUGCCGUUCAACUGUUCAACGGGAAGUUCUUCUAUUGUACAGAUGCUAGUAAAUUUACGGAAGUAACCUGUCAGGGGCAGUAUUUUGUAUAUGAAGAAGAUAGUGAUGUGCCUAAAGUAGACGUACGGGAAUGGUUACCUCAAAAAUUCCAUUACGAUAAUGUGCCAAUGGCAAUGUUGACGCUGUUUGCUGUACAAACCGGCGAGGGUUGGCCCCAGGUACUUCAGAACUCCAUGGCUGCCACUUAUGAAGAUCAAGGCCCAAUACAGAAUUUUCGAAUAGAGAUAUCUAUUUUCUAUAUUGUAUAUUUUGUAGUUUUUCCUUUCUUUUUUGUAAAUAUAUUCGUAGCCUUGAUCAUCAUUACAUUUCAAGAACAGGGUGAAGCGGAAUUACAGAGUGGCGAAAUCGAUAAGAACCAAAAAUCCUGUAUAGACUUCACCAUACAAGCUCGUCCAUUAGAGAGGUAUAUGCCAAAUAAGCGAAAUAGCUUUAAGUAUAAGAUUUGGAGGGUCGUCGUGUCGACACCAUUCGAAUAUUUUAUUAUGAUGUUGAUAGUGUUCAAUACUUUAUUACUGAUGAUGAAGUACCACGACUCGCCACCUUUGUUGUCCGACAUCCUCGCCGUUAUGAACAUACUUUUUACAUUUCUCUUCCUAUGUGAGACUGUUUUGAAGCUAAUCGCUUAUGGUAUCAAGAAUUUCUUCAAGGAUCCAUGGAAUACCUUUGACUUUGUCACGGUCAUAGGGAGCAUAGUGGAUGCAAUGGUUGUGGAGUUUGGAGAGAGAGCUGCCCAAAUGACAAAGGAACGGAUGAAGGAACUUGAUUUGCCUGCGCUCAUUGGAAAGUGGAUGCAGGAAAAUUUUAUCAACGUUGGUUUUCUGAGAUUAUUUCGAGCAGCUCGAUUGAUAAAAUUACUUCGUCAAGGGUAUACCAUAAGGAUCCUUCUAUGGACGUUCGUUCAAAGUUUCAAAGCUCUUCCAUAUGUUUGCGGACUCAUUGCCAUGCUUUUUUUCAUCUAUGCUAUCAUUGGGAUGCAGCAUGAUUCACGGUGUGCUACCGGCGAAAAUUGGCCAAGCAUAAUGUUGUCAUGCAUCAAAGGAAGAUACUGUGAUCCAAAUUCCGGGAAAUCUGGAAAACAAUGCGGACACAAUAUUGCAUACGCCUACUUUGUGUCUUUCAUUUUCUUCUGUUCUUUUCUGAUGCUGAAUUUGUUUGUUGCUGUUAUAAUGGACAAUUUCGAUUACCUUACGAGAGAUUCUUCCAUCUUAGGUGCACAUCAUUUGGAUGAGUUUGUCAGAAUUUGGGCGGAAUACGAUCCGAACGCAACAGGAAAGAUUCACUACACAGAAAUGUAUGACAUGCUGAAAAAUAUGGAUCCUCCUUUGGGGUUUGGAAAUAAGUGUCCUAAUAGACUGGCUUAUAAAAAAUUGAUCAGAAUGAAUAUGCCAGUAGAUGAUGAUGGACGAGUCAAUUUUACAACAACAUUUUUUGCCCUCGUUCGAGAAAAUCUCAGUAUCAAAAUGAGAGCAGCUGAAGAAAUGGAUCAAGCUGAUGAAGAACUGAAAGUGACGAUCAGAAAUAUUUGGCCUCUUCAAGCCAAAAAUAUGGUAGAUCUUCUUGUUCCACCAAAUGAGCUACUCAACAGUGGCAAACUUACUGUUGGAAAAAUAUAUGGUGGACUUCUGAUUUUGGAGAGCUGGCGUAGUACUAGAUUUGGUCAAAUGAUGCCAACAGGGUUACCA